AUGACCACCCUCCUGCCGACGUCUCAAUCAACCGGGGUUGAGACGUACGAGGACAUGUUCAAGGAGAUCACCCGGAAGCUGUACGGCGACGAGGCGACGGCCCACGGUCUGUACCCGCACAACACACAGGUAGCCCAGCUGGCCCCGGGCGCCCCAACGGCGCCGCCCGACGGAGGCGAAAGGUCCUUCACGACGCUCACCCAGAUCGGCUACGAGACGUCGUCGUCGGUUAGGGCGGGCAAUCAGCCUACGGCAUCGGCCACCUCCCAGCAACAGUCGACGGCAUUCGGGCUAGCGGCUUUGAUGCAGAAUGGGUUCCCGCCACCGGCCGCCAUAUUGAAUCCGGUCAAUUUUCCCAACGCGAGCAAAACGCCUACAAAUAUAUCUAUUCCUUCAAGUGACGAACGCUGGCAGUCGCACCAGCAAGCAGCCCAUCAGGUGUCCGAGGAGUCCUGGAACGGUGGCAAACACGCGUCUAGCUCCACCUCGGGUUAUAGCGGCAAAUCAUUUAAGAAACCAAAAACCGAACCGCAGGACGCAACGUCACCCACCGGGUUAAACAUCCCCAGCACGGCUGACCGGACUGGCAAAGGAGGCAGCAACUAUGGUACCUCCGCGUCCAGUGUCACGGCUUCCGGUUCGGGUGUCAUCAAACGCUACAGCUGCACGAGCUGCCCGUACACGACGGACCGGCGGGAUCUGUUCACGCGCCACGAAAACAUCCACAAGGACGAGAAACCGUUCCAGUGCUACGCGUGUCUGAAGCCGUUCAACCGGGCCGACCACGUGAAGAAGCACUUCCUGCGGAUGCAUCGUGAGCUGGAGUACGAUAUCGCUAAAACGCGCCGCCAUCAGCCAGCCGGAAGUGCUGCGACCAGUUCGAAGAGUGCCUACUACGGUAAUGGUGGCAGUUCGCAGGCGGUAAACCUUGGCACGACGGUCAAUUCCGCUGCCGCGAUGUCGCUAGCGCAAAUGCAGCUCAACAUUCCCUCCGGCAGCAGUACCUUCGGCAGUGGUGCCAGCAGUGCUGCUCAAACGCUGAGCGCUCCUGCUCAUUCCCUCGAGAGUAGCAGUAGCAUUUUCAACGGAGCGCACUCUGGGCAGCUUCUGCAACUUCAGAAUCAUCAUCACCACCAGCAGCAGCAGCAGCAGCAACAGCAACAGCAGUCACAACAGCACCACCACAACAACCACCAGCACCAGCAGCAGGUGCACAGCAGCCUUCAAGCUUCGAUUUCGAUCAAGCAGGAAAAGAGUUCCGGAUCCGGUUCGAACGUGUUGAAUUUUAACACGUCCACCGGGUCCUCUUCGGCAGUUGGAUUAACGGAUGAGAAGCCGUUUGUGAAGAAAAUUAAGGGCGAAAAGAAGUUCGCCUGUACGUACUGUCCCUGGGCGGGAGCCGACAACUGGGGAUUGAAGCGUCAUCUCAACACGCACACGAAACCGUACGUGUGCCUGCUGUGUGACUACAAAGCCGCCCGCUCAGAGCGACUGGCGACGCAUGUCCUUAAGGUACACAACAAGAAAGCCUGCAGCAAGUGCAACUUUUUCGCCGAAGAUCAGGCCCACCUGGAUUCGCACCUGCAGGAAGCACAUCCGCACGAUAUGUCGAAAGCUGGCAAAGGCGCUGGAUCCGCCGGCGGUGGUAGUAGUAGUAAUGGUAGUAGCGGGGGCAAUUGUGGCAACGCCGGGACGCACCAUGCAGCGGCAUCGGCAGGCUCGAAUGGCAACGUCCUGCGCAAUUUGGGUAAUGCAUUUACGUCGAACAAUUUGCCCACCAACAUUCCGACCAGUGGGAAUGGCUUUGGUAACGGCGCAUCGAAUGGCCACUAUCCUUCCGCUAACGUCCAUCACGCGACCCCCGGUAACGUACUGACGAACAGUAACGCCGCCAACCUGAUCGAUACGAUCAACCAGCAUGUCCUGGCGACGGCGGGACAGAACGGUGGAACCACUUCGCUGCAGCAACAACAGCAGCAACAGUGGGUUGCGAUGAGACCGCACCGGAAGCGGGGCCCGGAACUACUCUAUAGCUAUCUAGAGGCGGACGGAAGCGACUCCGGCGACUAUGCACGCCUUUUACACAUGCAAACAGUCGGACGAAACAAGGCUUCAGUCACGCAGGAUUUUCAUAAUGCGGGAGGCGGAGACAAAGGCGGUAUGAUCGGCGCCGGUGCCGGCGACAGUAGCAGUGCGGCCACGCCAUACUCGUUCAGCAUGGGAACGAUCGAGCGGCAAAAGAGAAAACAGCAGUCUGGCAGCGGCGGCAGUAGUAGCGUAGGCCAAGGCAAGGCCACAGACAACGUGAACCUUUCGCUCGCGUCGCUGUUCGGAGGCGACCAGCUGUCGUUCCUGCAGCUGCUGGCAACGGCCGCCGUGGCCCACCAGCAGAUGCAGCUGCACUCGAGCCAGCAAACGUACGGCCAUCACCAGCAGCUACAAAAGAAGCAGCAGCAUCACCAGUCCCAGCCAAAACCAUACAAAGCAGCGGACCAUCCCGUCGGUGCAUCGCAUGGCGUCCGCUACGGCAGCAUGGUUUCAUCGCCUCCCGCGACAUCUACUCAGCAACAAGCACGAACAGCGAGCACCAGCACCGGCAUCAUCGGCAGCAGCACCAUCAGCUCGAGCGGCUCGAAUAGUACAAACGGCACCAACGGCACCAUAGUGCCUAUCAACACGAAACAUCUCCUGGCGCCUGAACAGCCGCUGGCACUCGACACCGGCAGCUACAAGAAGCGGCGUACCAACGCGUCCUCGAGCGACAAGGAAAACUAUAUCCACCGGAACCGAACGGGCGAGCAGCAACACGACCAGCAGCAGCAGCAGCAACACCAUUCGCAACAGCAACAGCAGCAGCAGCAGCAGCAGUACAACGGAAGCACUGUGGGUGGACACAUCGCAAACGGCGGAAAUGGCCCCAACCUACCGGUGGAGAAGCACUACCCUCACGCGGGGGGUAAAAACGGCCACACUCACCACAAUCAUCACCACAACAAUAAUAAUAGCCACACUAACAAUAAGAAUAUAAACGAUAUUUUUGAUAAAGUGUACAAAAAACCGCAAAACUCAUUCGGCACGUCCAAGCAAAGCAUCCAGCAGCACGCCCCACCGGCGGCACACUCGCUGAACUCUCUGAUCCUGCGCACUGCGCCACCGUCAGCGGUGGAGGAGGACAACCGCCGUAGUGCGAUCCUCCGGAAAACCAUCGAGCAGCAGGCAGAGAACUUUUCCUUGGUGGAAUUCCUGAAGAACCACACGGAAGUUUCGAUCAGCACGGUGGGAGCGAAGGGGACCGAAAGCCCGUCCGUGACCGUACCGGAUCCAGUUGGGCCGUUGGGCGAAGAAGCGAAAGAAAAUUCUACCGACUCUGAUUUACUGAAACGAAAGCAGGACAGUGAGCGAAACCCUCGUAAGCAAAAUCAACCGCGUCGCGUUGAGGAAACCGGAGAGGGCGAACCGCUUGCUGAGGAUGCCACCGACGGACAGCAUGAGACGGUGGCCUCGUCGCAGUCGGAAAACGACGACCAGGAUGAAUCUCCGGAAGGAGCGACAAACAACGAGUUACCGGUGGUAGCGCAUGGGCGCAGAAAUACCAGACUGGCGGAUAUCCGCGACAAGCACAUGAUCAAGCUGAUCACCAACCGGCGGUGUUGUCGGAUUUGUCAGAACAAAGGGCUGCUGGAUCACCUGGAUAACUCUCACUACCAUAGCAAGAUUUCGCUGAUCCUGCACACUCAUUGGCGCCAUCGGCCAGGCAGUGAGACGGUGCAGCCUAAAAUACAGUGCGGUCAGUGUGGUUGCCAGUUUGACCAGCGGUACAAGUUGAUCCUGCACCAGCGGCUGACGAAGCACGCCGGUAUGUUGGUUAAGAGACAAAAGAAGAAAAAGCCUACCCGUCGUGGUUCGAAACUCUGCAAAAAGUUGUCGGAAGAAACAAAGAUGGCGAUCGCGAAUGGUGACACCAAUGGCUCCGGCAAGAAACGACACGAUGCGGACGCAAACCGCGCUGCUGGAGUCGGCAAACGAAAGCAACGGAAACGCAAGGCACGCAGCCGUUGUUUCACCACGCGGCGCAGGAAGUGAGAUGGUCACCCGAAGGGCGCUAAACCUCUUGUACAAAUCACUGUAUGUUCGGCCUUUGUUUUAGAUCUAUUUCGUUUUCGCUCGACAUGCCAUAUGUAUGUACAAAAUAGCAUACAAAAACUCAAAAUGAAACGAAUUCGGUUUGGUCGAAAUCGAGAAAAGGGCACUCCCGUACUUGGUAAAGCAGCACACGCUAAAGGAUGAAGAUUAGUUGAUUAUGUUUAGUUAUGUUUCUGGAAUAGUAGAACAUAUGAAGUGAAUCGAUUUUGCAAACUAAGCGUGAUGCCUUUUCAUUAAUUUUGGUGCAUUUCAAUCGGUUGACUGCGAAACCAAAAUGCCACAAAACGACAAUUAUUUACGAAGCUGCAUACAAGCUGUUAUUCCCUAUUUUUAAUGCAUAAUUUUGUGCAACAGUUUAGUAUGGCAUUUUCUCUUCCUUAUUGAAUUACUAAGUACUUACACGCGUAGGAAGCUCACAAACGCGAGAGCUCAGAAAUCAGUGUAUGCCUUUCGUACCGCAAAAAGACAGCAGGGAACUAUUCUUUAGCGUUUUAAAUAUACUACAGUUCAUUUAUUUUUCAUGACGAGGUUAAGUGCAACAGUUUGCGUUUGCUGAACUGUGCCUUGACAGGGUUGUUUAGUUUUCCGUAUAUGCCUAUUAGGGAUUUUGGGCGUUUCUAUGCAAUGGGUGAGAUACGAUGUAUUUUCACGAAGUAGAUUUAUCAAAACCGUUGCAGGUGUGCAAAGAUCCUGCAGUGAAAGAUCUCCAGAAGUGGGGCAGAGAAAGAGAAAUCGUACUACAGCAGGCAUGCCAUUACGGUUCUAAGUAUUUUAUCAAUUAAAUGUACAUGUAAAAGU